UCACCAAUCCUGCAGAGAUGAAGUACUUGGUGUUUGUGCUCCUGGUGGCUGCCGCUUGCGCUUCUGAGGUGGAGAAGCGAGAGGCGGAGCCAAGUCGUGCUUUAAGCUAUGGGCACGGUCUUCAACACCACGCCUACCCACGCACAUACUACCACCCUUACUACCGUUUCCACAAGAGGUCCGCUGAGCCUGAGGCUGAUGCCGAGCCUUCUUACCCAGGCUACUACCGCCCCUAUUCCUACGGCUACCACAACACUCCCUAUGUCCACCACCACUACAAGAGGUCCGCCGAACCUGAGGCCGAAGCCGAGCCCUCUUACGGCUCCUCCAACUACUAUCGCCCCUAUUCCUACGGCUACCAAUCACACCACUAUAUUCCCUCCGUCCACCACCACCACAAGAGGUCUGCUGACCCCGUUGCUGAGGCUGAAGCCAGCUACGGUUACAGGUCAUACCAACCCGUGUAUCACCACUCCUACCAAUACACCCCCUACACUCACAGCCACUACAAGAGAUCUGCUGAGCCAGAAGCUGAUCCUAGCUAUGGCCACCACCACCAGACCGUGUACCGUCCCCACCAUAGCGGAGCUCACUAUGGUUACGGUUACCGUGCUCACCACUACUAAGGUACUGGGUGUUUAUAUUCCCUGAAGCUAUCUGUUUAAUUUUGAAAAAUGAUUUAAAAGUAAUAAAACUUAAUGGAAAUGAA